UGCGCAGGCCGGUGGCGCGGGGCGCGGCCGCCGUACAAACGGGUAGGAGGGAGGCGCUGCUCGCGCUCCAGUUGCCGGGCGGCUGCGGCGGGGGCUGCGCUAUCUGUGUUCUGCCCUUCUGUCUGCCGGUGACGAUGCUGGACCACGAGCGUGGCUGGAGCGUCUCGUUCGCCGGCUGCGGCUUCCUGGGUGUCUACCACAUCGGCGCUGCCACCUGCCUGCAGGAGCGCGCUCCACACGUCAUCCGCGACGCCCGGCACAUCUACGGUGCCUCCGCCGGGGCUCUUUGCGGAGCCGUGCUCGUCGCAGGCGGCUCUCUGGCUCAAGCUUGUGCAGAUGUUCUGGCACUAGCUAAAGAAGCUAGGAAGCGAAAUCUUGGCCCUCUUCAUCCUUCAUUUAAUGUGAUAAAGAUAAUAAGAGAUGGCCUGAUGAGAAACCUUCCCGAGAACGCUCACCAGCUGACAUCAGGCAGACUGUGUGUUUCACUGACCAGAGUAUCAGAUGGUAAAAAUGCAUUGAUAUCUAAUUUCGACUCCAAAGAAGAAGUUGUCCAGGCUUUAAUCUGUAGUUCGUUUGUCCCUAUUUAUUGUGGCCUAAUUCCUCCAUCAUUUCGAGGUGUGCGCUAUGUGGAUGGAGGAAUCAGUGACAACUUACCUCACUAUGAAUCUAAGAAUACCAUCACAGUUUCACCAUUUGCUGGGGAGUGUGAUAUCUGCCCAAAGGGUAACUCUGCCAACUUCCAUGAAAUGAAUGUGACCAACACCAGCAUUCAGUUCAGCCUGGGUAACUUUUAUCGGCUAACGCAAGCGCUCUUUCCACCAGAACCCAAGGUACUGGGAGAGAUCUGUGAGCAAGGAUAUUCAGAUGCUCUUAAAUUCUUGAAAGAGAAUGGUAUUCUGAGUGACUCAAUUUACAUCCACCUGUCCUUCACAAAAAGAAACCCUCAGGAGGCUGUGCAGCACACUGACCAUAUGAAGAAAAAAGUGACAGAAAAUAACAGAGUAGAAACUUUGAAAAUGGAAGUGCUUGAUGACCAGCUGAAGCAGAAUCCGUGGGCUUUGGAGAAGAGCAUAUUUGAGAGUCUACCUCCUAGACUCCGCAAAGCACUGCAGGAAGCUUGUAAAGAACAGAAUGGAUUCUAUGCUCAGUUCUCUAAGCUGUUCCCAAUGCGGGUGAUAUCCUAUCUGCUGCUACCAUAUACACUGCCAGUGGAGUCUGCUUACUCUGUGGCCCUAAGGCUAGUAAACUGGUUCCCUGACAUGCCUGCUGAUGUUCGAUGGAUGCAAGAGCAGCUGUGUCAGAUCGCUGGUACUGUUUAUUCCCACGCUAAAACCAAGCUGUUUGCUACAGCCAGGAAAGACAAUUACACAUCACUGGGAAAGCAUCAAACUGUCCCAUCUACUAUGGAGUUUCGUUCUUCAUACUGCCACCUCAAAGUGCCUCACUCUUCUGUGGACCUUGAAACCUGGCUCUGGGAGUCUUCAUGCUUCAUGCACUCACCUCUGAAAAGUGCAUCUGCCAGCAUGCAGGAGCAUUCUGACUUAAACUCCUAUCCCAGUUUUCUCCCAAGCUGUGAGGAAUCUGGGUUGGAGGUAGAUUUUGACUCUUCCUCCGAGUCAAGUUUCCAUACUGCUCCAGAGUAUUAAUUUGGAUUCCAAAGGUUUUCAAAAUUCCAAUCUGGCAGGGAAAUUUACAUUCUAAAGGCUUAAAAGAUCACUUUGCUUAUUGCCAAUAAGUCUUGGGAGAUGAUUUGUUUACAGCUCUCUGACAAACCUGCCUCAGGAAUUCUACCGUUUUAAGGAUUCUGAAAGCAGUGGCUGCUGUGGUAAGGAACAGCCUACAAUCCUGUACCAGCUGAUGAGUGGUAGGGAUAUUUGUAGUAAAGAGUGUCUCUCUGGAGACACAUUUUAAACAAAGUGUAAAUUCUUUAGAGAUUGUUAGACAAGUGUU